UCGGCUAAAGAAGGCCCCUAACUAAACUAAUUCAUUUUGAAACAAUGCGUACUUAGUUGUUUGCCGCUCAUUUUGGUAAAAAUGCACAACUUAUGCUGCAAAAUUAUUUUCAUAUUUGAUUUUUUUUCGUGAAGUAUGAUUUUCAGCAUGGCGCCUCUGUCACACUUCCAUAGUGGAUGAACUUGUCCCCAAAACAUAAGUUUCUUGUUAUGUUGUCCCCGCCCGCUAUUAUGUUGGAUUACACUAACCCACAGGAAACCGUUCAUUUUCUUCCAUUCACCCUCGCGGAACGACCAUCACACCAGUAUGCCAAUAGACUGCCACACGACCACACAUUUUUCGAAUUCCGUUACUGCUGCAAGAAAGCGAUGUGAAACUAACAAUGACUUAAAAUCACUGCCACAGAAUGUCUUGUUUUAGAAGUUUAGUAGUGUAUUAAUUAAAUUCCGUAAAAAAAAAAACAUUCACCAUAAGGAACUACCUAAAUUUCAUUUGAUAUAAGUAGGCAACUGCAAUCAAUAGUAAUACAAAUCAAUCAAAUUAUAUUAGCAAAAUUACCGUCAAAUUCAAAUCCAAGCUAUGGUGUUCAGUGUUUCCUAGCAAUAUUCAUAUAAAAAUGAACCUCGAUCGGACUUCAAUUUUCAAACAAUAUUUGAGUCAAGAAGAAGUGAAUCAAUAUUUAGCGGAUUUGGUACAGAAUUAUGCAAAUAAGAUCGAAAUUUUCUCCCGUGCUAGUUCGUAUGAGGGUCGUGAAAUACUCUCGGUCCGCAUCAGCCCGGAUGUUCAGAGGAAACAUUCUGGUCGAAGCUGCAUUCUAAUAGAUGCAGGAAUUCACGCUCGGGAGUGGAUUACAAUAUCGGUAGCGUUGUACGUGAUCCACCAGCUAGUCGAGCGAGAUGCAAUCAACUCACGGUUGCUUCGAAAUUUUGACUGGAUCAUUCUACCCUUGCUGAACCCCGAUGGCUACGAGUUUAGUAGAGAACAUAACAAAAUGUGGCGGAAGACGAGACGACCCCUGGGAGUGAGUCGAUGCAUCGGAGUCGACUGCAAUCGAAAUUUCAACGUUUCAUGGGGAAUUGGAAUACCGCGGUCCUGUUCGCUGUUGUUUAGAGGCGAGCGGCCGUUCUCCGAACAGGAAACUCGCAACGUGAGAGACAUCUUUCGAAAGAUUAGGCCCAACUGCCAGUUUUACCUGUCCAUGCAUUCAUACGCGAAGGCGAUUCUUUAUCCACGGGCAUAUUCAAGAACUUUACCAAUCAACUGGAAGCAUCAACACGAAGUUGCCCAGGCUGGCGCCAAUGCCAUUCUUCGAGCUACGGGGCAAAAAUAUCGCUGUGGCAGUGCUUCAUCCAUCCUCAACUUCGCCGUCGGAGGUUCCAGCAUCGAUUACGCUCACGACAUUGAGAAGAUCCCUUUCGCGUUGGUAAUGGAGAUCGCAAGUAAGGGAUUUCACCCGCCUAAGGCAAACAUCAGCCGGAUUUGUGACGAAACGUGGAUCGGCAUCCAAGCCAUGGUUAUGCAGAUGGCCAUUAGUCCGAAAGUUUCUUUCACUCGCAGUAAAACUACGCUGUAAGCUGAGAGGUGUUUAUCAUUUUGUAUUAAUUAUAUACUUUUACAUCCUGUAUGCCAGUGUUUGUCAAAUCUACUCUUUAUAUCAGUGAAAGAUAGAAAAAAUGAAGUAAUUUUCAUUUGUCUGCACACAAACUAUUGUGUUCGAUACUGUUAUGUGAACAGAAAAUAUAAUAGUUUU